CCUCCCUGCAUGGAGUUUGCAUGUUCUCCCCGUGUCUGUGUGGGUUUCCUCCGGGCGCUCCGGUUUCCUCCCACAGUCCAAAGACAUGCAGGUUAGGUGGAUUGGCGAUUCUAAAUUGGCCCUAGUGUGUGCUUGGUGUGUGGGUGUGUUUGUGUGUGUGUCCUGCGGUGGGUUGGCACUCUGCUCAGGAUUGGUUCCCUGCCUUGUGCCCUGUGUUGGCUGGGAUUGGCUCCAGCAGACCCCCGUGACCCUGUGUUCGGAUUCAGCGGGUUGGAUAAUGGAUGGAUGGAUGAUUAGAAUAGAUAUACAAAAACAACUCCUUAAUUUUAUUAUUUUUUACUUGGACUGAUCAGAAUAUGUGCUUGAAAUUAUGUACAAAAUUAAAAUGUCUUUAAAACUGUUUCAGCAUAUCAGUGAUGUUAAAAAUAUUAAGGAUUACUGUACAUUAUAUAUGUGGAAUACUUUAUUUACACCACUGUUUAUGGAUUAACACAGGAGAACACGAUUAAUGGGGUGAUAAUUUGUUUUUUAGAUGCUGUGCAUAAUAAGCAAGCAAUACGUUUUGUUGUUUUCACAUUUUGGAGACGUAAUGAUAGUACCGGUAUUUUGUAUUAUGAUUGCAGAGUGCUUAAUGCCGAUGCCUCAUAGCUCCAGAAUUCUGGGUUACAAUGCUGACCUGGUCGCUCUCUGCAUGUUUUGUUUCUCCUCUUGUUUAAAAGGGAUAUUUCUCACAUCCUAGGGAUGUUCAAGCAAAUCUAAUUGACCAUGUAUGAAUUAAUAUAUACUUGUAUAUGAAUAUCCUAAAUGACACAUUGCAUCCAAUGGUUGUCUCUGCUUUGCAUCCCUGUGAUUGGCUGUGGCUGCCUGUAUCUCUGAUAUUAUAUUAUUAAGUGCAAAUUUUAUCAUCACCAGUAGAAAAGGAAAGGUUGUAUCUUGAUUCAUGUAUACGGUAAAUGAAUCAUCUAGAGCUCAAACCUAUCUGUUUUAAAAUGGAAAUGUAAUCAGUGUUGCUGAUAGGCCUUUAAUGCAUACAAUGUUUAAAAUAAAAUCUGUCAAAUUUGCAUUAUUUACUUGUAGUCAGCUGUUGUUGCUAGGAAUAUUGUAAUUAAUAGUAAUAUAUUAAUAUUAAUGUUGUUUCUUUUGAUAAUGUUGGUAACUGGAAAGGAAUGAACACAGCCGUUGCCAGGCCUUAUGCUGAAGUUCGUUGCUGCCUUUUCCUUUCAGAUCUUUUCUAGUACUAGUGACCGAAUUAAAGUUUAUUAUUGAUCCCUAAUUCAUACAUUUUCAGUUAUAAUUUAGUACAUUUGUAUGUGGCAUGAGCUUGUGAAGGCUAAUAUUUUGUUUACAGACUGGAAAGCAAAUAUAAAAUAACAUUUCAUGAUUGUUCCAAAUACUUUAUUAAGAGAAGCCAGGAUUAUCUGAUAAAAUACAUUUUAAUUCAUUUCUGUUAAUGUUAGUUAUGGUAUCUUAUCAAACUGUCAUCUAGGAUACAGAGUGUAAAUAACUUGAUGAAAAGUAUAACACCUGUUUAUAAGCUCACAGGCUAGGGUCUCUUGUUUUAUGGGGUUGCUCACACAUUUUGUGUUGUUACAUUGAAUCUCCAUGAAUUAUCUGUUUUAAAUUUUUUUUUCAGAAUACUUAUUAAAGCCUAUGUGUACUUGAACCAUUUGCAUAUUUAUUUCUGAAAAGUUUCUAAUCACUAAUACCAUAUUUCUGUGGAAAUGUUACACUUUGCAGUAUCAUUGACUUUAUUAAUUAGUCGUCAAACCAAUAAACUUUUCUGCCUCUUUCAUUGAAUUUACCUUUCCCUAAAACAAAAAAAGAGUCCUAUAUAGAGUAUGUCUUUGUUCUUCAGUGACAUUUUAUUGAACAGUCCUGUAACUUGAAACCAUUCUCUGAAUUCAAUCAGAGCAUGUGUCAGGUGGCUAACAAACAAAUGCAGGGCUUAUAAAUAAACAGUCUAUAUCUGGCUAGUUCAGUUGUCAGGUCGAGCCCAGCUGGUUAUCUUCACCUCUAUAUUCAUACUGUGUCUUUUGAAGGACGUCAGCUUUCAAAUGUGGAAACUGCGACCUCCACUAGAAUUACCACUGGCUUCAAAAUACAAGUCUGUUAUUGAGGCUUUGUCAAGAGACACUGGAACUGUGAUUAAGAUUUCUAGGCUGUCUGCUGAGGAGGAGUUUCCGGAGCUUCGUAGAAACUAUACACUUAUGGCCAGGGUGCUAACAGUGCCAAUGUAUAAGCGCCUUUGUCAGAAAGUCACAGAAAGUGGCUUCACCUUUGAUGAUGUUAUACAGCCAGGUUUAGAAGACCCUGGUGACCCGGCCAGAGUGACUGUUGGCUGUGUGGCUGGAGAUGCUGAAUCCUACAAUCUUUUCUGUGAAUUUUUUGACCGCAUCCUCAAACUUUGUCACCAUGGCUUCCAAAUGACACAGAACCAAAAGAGCAACUUCAAUCUGCACAACUUAAAGGGAGCUGAGACCCUUGACGGUGAUUAUGUAUUGAGCUGUGAGAUGCGAAUUUGCCGGAAUGUUGAAGGCUUCUCGUUCCCUACACACUGCAGCAGAGGAGAACGCCGGCAACUGCAGAGUUUGGCUAAGCAAGCCUUUACCAAAAUGGACACAGCCUUUCCAGGUAAAUACUGGCCACUACAUGAAUUGGCACAGGAGGCAACAGAUCCAGGAGUGAAUGAAUGUAUAGCCACUGGCCCCUCUGUGAUGAUGAUGAGGACUGGAGUGGCCAGAGAUUGGCCUGAUGCUCGUGGUGUCUGGAUAAGUCAGAAUGAAAAAGUCUACAUAUGGGUUAACAUGGAAGAACAUCUUCAGAUAACAUCUAAACGGGAAGAUGGGAACAUAAAAGAAGCUUUCGGACUUGCAAUCAACGUUGUGAGAAAGCUUGAAGAAAUAUAUAAAGAACUGAAACACCCUUUCAUCUGGAAAGACCACCUUGGCUACGUGCUCAGCUCACCAGCAGAGGUUGGAACAGGACUAAAGGCCACUGUUCAAGUCAAGCUGAAUCACAUCUCCAAGCACCCUAAAUUUGAGGAUAUACUCGGCAGACUGUGCUUAGGUGCCUCCGAGAGUGGAGUCUGCACAAUUUUCAACAAGUGUACAGCCGGAGUCACUGAAGUCGAGCUCCUUCAGUUGGUAGUGGAUGGCAUUAAAUUGCUGAUAGCCAUGGACAAGAGCCUUGAACUGGGAGAGGCCAUUGAUAGCCUCUAUCCAACUCAAAAGUGACAAAAAAAGAAAUCUGCAGCUUACAAGGAGAGAAAGAUGACAGAAUGAUAGCAAUUUAAUGGCAGAAACAGAUGAUACAAAAUUUCAGGUGAUGUACCUCUCGUACGAGGAAGAUGCA